GGGAUAUUCACCAACUAUAAUCUUGCCUAUGAGGUGCAUUUCUACCGGGUGUGAAUUAGGGACUUGUCCGAGUUGGUCAGGGAUUUACCGUUCUUAUUCUUUGGGUUCACGCUUUCGAUUACAUUUCCAUAUCCAUUCAGUAUUAAUCUGACGUCUAUACAGUGGGCGACACAUUCAUUGUCGAAAUGGCUCCAAAUAGAAAAACUGAUGCUUAAACAAAAAAUUGAGACUGUUGAUGUUCACAAUAAGGAGAAGUUAAGUGUAAGGAACUUAUCCAAGCGUUUUAAUAUUGGAAAAACAGAAGCUGCAGAUAUAAUUAAGCAUAAAGAAAUCCUUCUAAGGAAAUGGAUGUCGAACAGCAAUUUGAAUAAAAAAAUAAGCUUUUUAACGGGUGAUGGUUCAAAAACUGACAAAUUGUGUUAUGACUGGUUUAUAGCAGCUCGUCAUAAGGGGAUUCCUUUGACACAAGCUUAUUUCCAAUACUCAUGA